GGGGGCGGGUCCGCGGCCGGCAGGGAAGAGCUGGACUCACAGCCACGGUCACCCCACUCACGCCACGCGCCACGUGGGCUCGCAACUAGCCAAGGACCCUUGGCUGCGUACUGAGGCACUAGCUAGCUGCUUUAGCUCCAGGAGCACCCCUGUGAGCUCGGUGUCUCGACUGAAUCCCCCUAUUUUACAGUCUGGGAAGCUGGGGCUCAAGGACUUGGCGGCGCCCGGGUUUGAGGGAGAUCCCGGCUUGGUGGACCGAGGAGGCCGCGCUCUUAUCUACUAUGGUCAGAGAAUUGAAUUUGGGAGCUGUUUGUUACCUGUAGGGACGCGAAAUUGUUUGGGUCUGGGCUGCGGCGGAUCGCCUCAGGUCAGGCCACGCUCCCAGGCUUCUCCAAAGAGCCCGGGACAGGGGAGGAGCGGAGCUCUGUGCGCGUCUUGACCAGCCGCUCCUGCCCCAAGUUCAGCCGGCCUUAAAAAAACCCUUUUGCUGAAGGAACACAUUUGCUUGUAUAGUUUCAAAAUGUCAAGUACUGUGUCUUACUGGAUCUUAAAUUCUGCAAGGAACGGCAUUGCCACAUUACAAGGGAGCAGAAGUUUAUAUUCAAGGUGCACAUCAAGUAGGAAUGAAUCAAAAUGGAAGCUGUUUUCCUGGGCACCAACCACCCUAAAAAACAAUGCCCCAUAUGAUGGCUUUGCUCUGCCAAAAGCCUACAGACAUACAUCGACAGAGGAAGACGAUUUUCACUUACAGCUCAGCCCUGAUCAGGUAAAUGAAGUGCUGCGAUCUGGUGAGUCAGCCCACAAGAUUCUCGACCUUGUCAGCAUCAGUGGAGGCCCAAAUUCGGUGUUGCGGUUUGAGAGCAAUCAACUGGCUGCCAAUUCCCCAGUGGAGGACCGGCGAGGUGUAGCCUCCUGCCUGCAGACCAACGGGCUGAUGUUUGGCAUCUUUGAUGGACAUGGUGGCCAUGCGUGCGCUCAAGCAGUGAGUGAGAGGCUUUUCUACUAUGUGGCAGUGUCGCUAAUGUCUCAGCAGACCUUGGAGAGGUUGGAGGGAGCCAUGGAAAGCAUGAAGCCUAUGCUGCCCAUCCUGCAGUGGCUUAAGCAUCCAGGGGACAGUAUCUACAAGGAUGUCACAUCAGUGCACCUUGAUCACCUCCGGGUCUACUGGCAGGAGCUGCUUGACCUGCACGUGGAAAUGGGACUGAACAUUAAGGAAGCAUUAAUGUACUCCUUCCAAAGACUGGAUUCUGACAUCUCGCUGGAAAUCCAGGCUCCUCUGGAAGAUGAGAUGACAAGGAACCUUUCACUCCAGGUCGCUUUCUCUGGGGCAACAGCUUGCGUGGCCCAUGUUGAUGGGGUUCACUUGCAUGUGGCAAAUGCUGGUGACUGCCGGGCCAUCCUUGGUGUCCAGGAGGACAGUGGCAUGUGGUCUUGUCUGCCCCUCACCCAUGACCACAAUGCCUGGAACGAGGCUGAGCUGUCACGGUUAAAAAGGGAGCAUCCUGAGUCAGAGGACAGGACAAUCAUCAUGGAAGACAGGCUGUUGGGAGUCCUCAUGCCCUGCAGGGCAUUCGGGGACGUCCAGCUGAAGUGGAGUAAAGAGCUGCAGCGCAGUGUCCUGGAGAGGGGUUUUGACACCGAGGCCCUCAACAUUUACCAGUUCACCCCCCCACACUACUACACUCCACCCUACCUGACUGCAGAGCCUGAGGUCACAUACCACAGGCUGAGGCCCCAGGAUAAGUUCCUUGUGCUGGCCUCAGACGGCCUGUGGGAUGUGCUAGAUAAUGAGGAUGUGGUGAGGCUGGUGGUGGAACACCUGACUGAAGCAAGUAGGCACAAGCCGGACCUGGCCCAGAGACCUGCCAACCUGGGACUCAUGCAGAGCCUGCUGCUACAGAGGAAAGCCCAGGGACUCCACGCUGCAGACCAAAAUGCAGCCACACGUCUGAUCCGACACGCCAUAGGGAACAAUGAGUAUGGGGAGAUGGAGCCAGAGCGGCUGGCGGCAAUGCUUACAUUGCCGGAUGACUUGGCGAGAAUGUACAGGGAUGAUAUCACUGUCACUGUGGUGUAUUUUAACUCAGACUCAAUUAAUGCAUAUUACAAGGGUGUUUAAGCAUCUCCCAUCUUAUUGCCCAGGUUAACUUAAAUGCUCUUCUAAGACAUUUUUCACUUACUCUUAAACUAGCUAUUCAAAUCUUACUGUUAAAAGGGCAGGCAGAUAUAGCUUACUUAAUAAUAGACUAAUGUGAGAAAAAGAAAACAGCCUGAGUUUAAAAACAAUAAUAGUGAUUUCAUGUCCCUGUGUGUUUUGGUCACUUCUACUACGCAGAGAGGGCAGAGCAUAGAGACCACAGAAUUGGCUUGGGCUCAUGUAGCCCAAGUCCUUUCAUAAAGACACUGUUGUUAAACUGUGUCAGCCUGAGCCUCCAAAGGGUAAAUUUAAUCAUGAUUCUAAGCAUGUGAAGAACUUCAGGAUCUUCUGAAGUCUUGCUGUAAAAUCUAUAAAUUUGAUAAUCCUCAACUCACAAUCAUGAACUUUUAAACUAUGAAGCAAGAUUUUGUUUGUCUUUUUAUUUUUAAAUUACUAAGACCUAGGUUUACAAAGGAUAUUACAGAACAGUUUUCUAUGCAAUAUUCUAACCUUUUUUGUGUGUGUGAUUAUACAUGUGAAAACAUUUUGAAAUGCUGCAUUCUAGUUCUAUUUUAGUUUAUUUUAAAACUGAGUCCUCAAACUUGCAAACAGGCCUCCUGUCAACAUGCUUGGAAUAACUUGUCCUGGUUUUCAGCUGAGGGUGGGAGGAGCUAGGCCUCUAGACCAGCGGAAAUUACUUGUGCAGCUUUUUGUCCCUUUCACUGGGUCCUAUCCCCUGAACUUUCGAGCUAUACUAGGAGGUAACUUCUGUCUAAACCUUAACUCCUGGCCUUUCCUGCCUUAAUAACAUUUCCUCCAGUGCUUAGCCUUUGGAAGUUUAGUCAUAGCACUUAACCUUUCUGAUUACACCUCUCAAACAUUCUUCUGUUAAUUUCUACGUUUGUUGUGCUAAACUCCCUCAUCCUACUGCUGCUGAGUAACUGGAAAGAAUGCUUCCCCUUCAAAUGGUUUCAGGGAAGGAGAAAAUGCAAUCUCUUUGUGUUUAGGCAGGACUGGUUUAUGCAGUGGAUUAUAGAUUUAAGAUUCAUCCUGAAUCUGAAGAGAUGAAACAUGAAGGAGUUGAAAACAGUCACUAACCAAGGCUCCCUAUGUGCAUCCUGAGAGGUGGGGAGGAGAGAGGAGGGAGAUUUGUUGGAUGAGACACUUGCCCCUAGAAUGUGAGAUAAAUCACCUCAGGAACUAGACCAUAUUUAGUAUAGGAAUGGGGCAAAAAUAAAUGUGACCCAUAAUGGCUUCCGUGGGCUGCACAGCCUUUGUGUUUGUUGGAAAAUUAAACCAUGUGGAUCCUUUUUCAGGGUAUGAGUUUCAUGUUCUCAUGAAUUACUGUGGCAUUUAUACAACAGGAAAUGUGUCGCUGAAUAGAAACACAAAUAUAAUCCCACAAAACUGACAUUUUUAUCUUCCUGCUCUACAUUAGAUGAUCCCUCUCUUCAUCUCACCCCUUCGUGCCAUCCACUGAAAGAAAAGCAAAUAACUAGGUUUGACUUCCUCAUUUUUGUCCAUGUCCCAGUAACAUUCAUUCAAGUAUUGGGAUACUCCUUGAGGAUGUUUCCCUGUAGAUUGUCCAGUGCAACUGUUUAGUGAUAUGGCUUCAUCUAAGAAAUUCUCUUGAGUACUUAGCCUUGGUCCUUUUAUUCUGAAACCAUUAACAUUCCUUCUAAUCUCCUAGAUCUUAACUCAGAAAUUAAACGUGAAUCACUACCAUUCUGCUCAUAUGAAGGUCUGUUGCUAGAGCCGAAGACUGCUUGUCUGACAACCUUUGUUCUUGAUGCCAGCUAAACGCUGGCACACCCUCGGAGCAUUUACCUGGAUUACAGAAUGUGAAUCCAUUUUGGAGCCAACAUGGUCAUAAAUGUAUCUGAUUCAGUAACUUGUGGGACAGCUGAGAGAAUACAGACUUCCCAGCUGUUCCUCCAAGCGUAUCUGUGUUUUUUCUCUGCUUAAUAGAUUUCCUGCUUUCUAAUUGGUAUAUUGAGAGAGAAGAAAGCCUGGUUUAUUGUCUGCCUUUUUCCACUGUGAACUUUGUCAGCUCUUUCCAUGAAUGCUCCAAGGGGUGCCUUCUGGUUAAACCCCAGUGUGUGUCUCCCUGAUCACAGUUCUGCUGUUGGCCUUCCUGAGGCACUGCUUGAGGACACCGGGAUUUGAGAGGGGGUUGGUGGUACUUCUCAGUUCUUCCAAAGCAUUUAUCGUUCUUUUUAUGUAAAGAUUUCAGUUUUGAGACUUCUAAAAUGAACUGAAAAAUUAGACUAAACGUUUAACAUUGUGAUGGUAACUUUACUCAAAAGUAUGCUUUGGUAUUUUAAAUUGCAUAUUUAUUAUUUUAGGUAAGCAAUUAUGGUAAUAUUGGCCUAAUUAACAUAUUUUAUAUAUAAGUAAAAUAUGGCUCUCCUGAUUCUGGGGAUUGGUCAAAAUGCAUAGGGAAGAUGGUAUUAAUCCAAAAUUCAAAUUAUUUGGUCGUCGGGAAAGUCAUGAUACAUUUUUGCAUUGAAAAACAGAAAAAUACGUCAUGUCUUUCCCAAUGACGCAAUAGUAUGUUAGGUCAAGUUACUUAGAUACUCGGUUUUCUGAGAUGUUAAUUGUAACAUUAAAGCUAAUUUAUUAGAAUGAAAAUGUAAACUUUGAGGUAUGUUACUAUAUAAACACUUCUCCCAGAAGUAUGACCAGCCUAAAAGAUCUGUAAUAUGGGGCACACUGGGUAAAGUUCAGGUUAGACACAAUUGAACUGGCACCUUUUAUACAUAAAUAACAUAUAAACAGCUCAAACUUGAGUUAAAGAAGAGAAUAAUUGUAUGGAACAAGAAAAUGUGUUCAGAAUGAGUCUGGCUUGACUUUUGUUCCUCAGCACCUGUGACCUAUGUUCAUUUGACAGUUUUGGGGAAGGCUUAACCUUCCAGGUUAAACCAGAAUGUCCUGGAACUGAGCCAUCCUAGUUUUAUCUUUAAGUGGUUCGCUUGUCUUUGAAUGUGACUCUUUUCCAUGACAAAAAAAGCCCCCCCCCCCGUGUAGCUUUGGAGCUGGGGUAUAAAGGCUGGUGGUACCACUUGUCACGCAUGCCCAGUGGAAGACACGUUUGGACUACUGUGUGACCAUCACCUGAACAGAUUGAGGCUCUGUCCCGUAUGCUUCAGGCGUCUAAUGUUUAACCUGCCUCCUGGAAAAGAUUUCUUAUCAAGCAUUUACUUUAUUAAAAAUUUACUUUAUUAAAAAUGAUUAAUCAUGUUCUUUAAUAUUUACUGACAUUGUGUUUUAAGCUGUAUACCAACAUUCACACUUGACAUUGAUUUUCUAAACCAUUAGAUAGAGAUAUUUAAAUAAAACUUGUAAAUAAAAGGAGCAAAAUGAAA